GGUGGCAGUGGGGGCUGUGCCCGGUGGGCCCCGUGGAGAUGCUCAGUGCUUGGAAUCGCCGGGACCGGCCCCCUGAAGAGGGGGCAGCUGCGGGGCUCCAGGGCUUCACCGUGGACAAGGCGUUCCUCUCGUCCCUCAAAGGCAUCCUGCUGGAAACUGAGUUGGCCCUGACCUUCAUCAUCUUCGUCUGUUUCACGGCCUCCAUCUCCGCCUACAUGGCUGCUGCGCUACUGGAGUUCUUCAUCACGCUAGCCUUCCUCUUCCUCUACGCCACCCAGUACUACCAGCGCUUCGAUCGGCUGAACUGGCCCUGUCUGGACUUCCUCCGCUGUGUCAGCGCCAGCAUCAUCUUCCUGGUGGUCUCCUUUGCGGCCGUGACCUCCCGGGAUGGAGCUGCCAUUGCUGCUUUUGUGAGUCCAGCCCCACAGAGCUCUCUGGCUCCCCAGGGACCUUUGGCUGGUGGUUGCACGCUUUGUGUGCCUCUCUCCACCCCAAGCUCAACCCAGUGCCCAGGGUCUGCCUCACACCUUGCCCCAUAUCACCCACCUCCCUCUCCCCAGGAUCAGUGGCCCGAUGGCCUUUGUUGUGCCAUCCCUGCUCCUACUCCCACAGGUUUUUGGCAUCAUCCUGGUUUCCGUCUUUGCCUACGAUGCCUUCAAGAUCUACCGGACUGAGAUGGCGCCCAGGGCCACCCAGGGGGACCAGGAGUGAUACUGGGGCUACCUGGCUCCUGAGCCCAGCCAGAAAAGGGGGACGGCAGAGCCCAGACACGUCUCGUUUGGAUUCACUAGCUCCCCAGCCUACUGUCCACCACCCCAGCCUACAGCGAUGGAGCCAGGCCUGAGAAGUCACCGGGGAUUUGUCUGUGGGGCCUGGUGUUCUGAGAUCUGGCUUCUGAUGAAGCUCGGCCAGGGAGGGGGUGUUAUGGACGAAGGGGAGGGUACAGGAGGAAGCUGGUCAUUCCCAAAUUAAAAGACUUGAAUCCUA